AUGACGACAGCAGCAACACUCUUCCAGCGCAACAAGCGCAUCUACGUGCAAGAGGAGGACAAGCUCGAGGGCAUCGUUUCCGAUGAGACGUUCCAGCAAAAAUUCCAGCAGUGGCUGGACGCGACAAUUGCGCAGCUCGACCUCCAGUUUGAGCUGUGCGAGCAGCAGCUGGCGGAGCUGCAGCAGAGCGUUGCGGUGGAGUCCGGCAGCUACUGGUGCAGCAAGACCAUCAUCGCGCACUGCAACCUGCACAUGAGCGAGAAGCGGCUCAUCGUGGCGGGGGCGGAGGUGCAGCAGCACGCAACCCUGCCAGACGUCGUCAGCCUCGUGUCCUGCCUGCAGCAGCUCAAGAUGCAGGCCUUCAUCACACCCAAGCAGAGACGCUUCAUUGAGCAGUGCGAGUUGGAGAUGAAGAACGUCGUGUUCGGGUCCCGCGAGCUGCUCUUCAUCACGAACGCGCUGCAGACAAAGCUGCGCGAUGACGGAAACACACGUGGCGUCUUCGGCGACCUCACGGCCUUCCAAAACGCCAUUGAGGACAUCUCGCCAGACAUUGACCAGUGCGAGCAGCUGCUGGAGGCGAGCAUCGCGAAUGGCGAGAUGGGCCUCGCGGAGGACAUCUCGCGCCGCCAGCUGGAGAUCUACGAGCGCAUCCUCACCCUCAUCACGGACCAGUACCCGAUCAUCACGAACUACUACUCCGAGUCGCGUAACAGCGACCGACGGCGCCGAUGGGCUAUCUUCCGCAUGGCCGACAAGGACAUCACCGCCGUCAUUGAGGGGAAGUACCGCCAGAUCGAGGCAUGUGAGGAGGACCUCAUGAAGAUCAAGGAGCAGAUCCAGAACUACAACAACGAUGACUCGCACCAGCGGAAACGGUAUGAGGCGGACCGCAACCUUUCCGAUGAUUUCCUCCUUAAGAACAAGGAGAAGCAGCAGAGUGUGUGGAACCGCGUCUUCGAGCUCUACGAGGAGCUUCGGCGGUGCCAGACAGAACUGUCAACACUUGGACGCCAGCGCCGCAAAGAGAUUGACCGCCGGCUGCAAAUGGAAGAGCACGAGGCGGGAAGGCGUAGUGGCCACGAGGCAUUUAUAAAGGCGGCAGCCGAUCACGCUCAGAAGCUGCAGAGUAUGAUUAACAACGCGCUGGCGGCGAAGGACAUCGCAGCUGCACUGAAUAACUUCGUCUUGGAUGGCUGCGACAGCAUCACGAGCAAGUACGACAAGCAGCAAAACGCCCUCAGCGAGAUGCUGCGGCUUGUGCAGCAGCACCACUUCAAACGCUUCUCCGAUUACUACAUCGUUGCGAGUCGCUACCUCUACCGCAAGGAGCGGCGGUUGGAGCAAAUUGAAAAGGAGAUAGAGAGCAAUGAGAUGAAGAAGGAGAUUCACGCUGACCGACUUGACACCAACGCCAAACGCUACGCCGAGGCGAAUAACGAUCUUCUGCUCAAGCGGCGUGAGGUUUCACAGGAGGUGCUGUACGUCCGCCACAAGCUGGAGAAGGCGGAGAAGGCGAUUGAACCCACGCUGCGCUCGCUGCAGUUCGCUGGCGUUGAGUACGUUCACCCGCGCGACAUCGUGGAAAAGGUUAACCUGAACCGCUGCAGCACUAUCCUCGACUACCGCGAGUUGAUGACACCGUCCGUCUCAUACCACGAGAAGGUGCAAAUGGAGGAGUUGAUGACGUUAGCGCGGCUCCGCUCCACACUCGAUACGGAGAGCGGAGAACGAGAGAGCCAGCAACGCCUUCGGCUCCCCGCCCUUGCGGCGAAGCACCAGACCCCGCUGCAGAAAAGCGUCAGCGCAUUGCUCUCGAAGCGGUCCGGUGAGGUGGUGGGAUCUGCCGCGUCAGUUACGUCGACGGUGGCGCAGGAUGCCGGUGCUUCGACCGCAGCGGCGAAGGGUGUCAAGCAGAGCAACAGUAGAGUGUCGCUGGCGGCAUUCUCCCCCUCUGCAACAAGAGAUCCGCCGCCGCCGUCAUCAUCGUCGGCGCCGCCCCUUACUGCGUCGUCAACAGCGGCAGCAGCUGCAGCAGGAGGUGAUACGGCUGGCGGAACUUUUUCGGUCAACAUCGCGCUGCACCACCCGCGGAUGGAGGGCACAACAAUGCGAGCGCUCUACGCGUACAAAGCCCGUGCCCCCGACGAGCUCACAUUCGAGGAAGAUGACUUGAUUGUGUGCGUCAGCCGCGCACAGGAGGAGGGCUGGUUCAAGGGCGUCUGCAACCAGCGCACUGGUCUCUUCCCGAUCAACUACGUUGUGCCACACGAGGACUGCUAG